CUCCCAUAGAAAAUGGCAGCCUCCAUGAACAGAAUUUGUUAAGGAGUAAGUUAUAAUGGAAAUUGCUUCAGACAAAGUUUUGCCAUAUUUAACACAAGUAGAACAGGUUGCAGAAGAAAUUUUGGCUGACAAACAUCAGAUGGUUGAUUUGGAUAGGAGACGACAAAAAACAAGGGAGGCUCUUAGGGUUCUACAGAAAGACAAAACCACCGAAAAGAAUUGGGUUUGUUUUGGGAACCAGUUUAUAAAGCUUCCAAAGAAAGAUACAAAGAAGCUUUUAGAUCAAGAUUUUGAAGAACUUGACAAUCAGAUAAAUGAUUUAAGAAGGGAAUUGAAGCCUAAAGUCAGUAAAUUACGUGAUAUGGAGAAAAAGGAGGAUAUAAAAGGAUUUAACCUCAAUCCACUGUCAAAGGAGGAAAUGAAAUCAGUAGAAGAACUUAUUUGAUGAAUUGGAAUAGAGCAUGUGUACUAAUUUGCAGGAAAUUUGAAGUUGCAAGUUAAUGGAAAUAUCAAAAAGAGGUGGACAGAGUGAACAAAAAACAUAUAUGGUUCAAUGAUUGGCGCUCCAUCAAAUCAUAAUUACUCACUACUGAACAAAUUUGUCUGUCUUACAGCAAUAAUCAGUUAUAUAUCUUUUUUUCAAUUUUUUGCUGUCAAUUGAUGGGUUAUAAAGGGACUUGGUUAGCUAAAUACGAUUCCAUAUAUAAUUUUUAUCUGAUAGAAUUCCAACAUUCAUUGAAAUUGAUUUAACUACUGAACUGACUAGGCCAUCUUCCUUGUGAUAUGGGAUUAUCAGUAAUUAAAUGAUAAUGGUAGUCCAUCGAACUGUGACAGAAAUUAAUGAACGUUUGUUAUUUUAUUUCAUUAUUUAUCACUUUGUUAGGAAAAUUAAAGAUAAUAAAAACCUA